UCACAUCUCUCACAUAUUCAUCUAACACAUAUCUAUUACAUCAUGGGCGUUGAAAAGAAGACUCUGGUUGAGGGCAACGGUGUUGACUACCCUAAGAAGGGUGAGCACGUUGCCAUCCACUACACCGGCUGCUUGUAUGACGCCGAGAAGGCCGACAACCACUUCAUGGGCAACCAAUUCGACAGCUCCCACAAGGCCGGCCGUGGUCCCCUUGCCACCCCCAUCGGCGUCGGUCGUCUCAUCCGCGGCUGGGACGAGGGUGUUCCCCAGAUGUCUCUCGGCGAGAAGGCCAUCCUGACCAUCAGCUCUGACUACGGCUAUGGCGAUCGUGGCUUCCCCGGCCUCAUCCCCGCCAACUCUAAGCUUGUCUUCGAGGUCGAGCUCCUCAAGGUCGGCACCAAGAGCGUUUAAACCAACCGCUAUUCCCGACUUUCUGGUCAGAUACAAGAUGUGCAAAUACCAAACGAAAAAAGAA